AUGAAACAAACAUGGCGGCCUCCACACUGAGUCAAAAGCAAAAGCUUCCAUCGGACCAAAGCUCAGAUGAAUGGACAAUAAGGGAAAAACUAGCGUUAGCUUCGUCUGUGGUUCGAAGUGGCGAUCAAAACUGGGUUUCUGUAAGUCGUGGUAUCAAACCUCUACUUGAAACGGGAUGUUGUGCUAAACCAAGGCAACCUGAUUUCUUCUCUCAAAAGAACUGUGCUGUACAUUACUCAGAAAUGCUUGAAAAAGUGAACACACCUAAGAGGAAGCGUACUAAUGAAGGAGGUGGAGCUGAAACACCUGGUGACCAAAUUGUAAGAAAACUGACUUUUGAGAGGAUUGAAGAAUUAAAGAAGUCUAUCAGAAAUGAUCAAUUCACCUAUAAGAAACUUAAAGAGAGAAUAGAAGAAGUAAAAAGUGGAAAACUUGACCAGAAGCUUCCUGGCUUGUGGGAUGAAAUUAAAAUGAGAAAGAAGAUGAGGCCACCACCUGCCCCCCAGCAAGAAGGGGAUGGGUCAGGUCCAGUUACUCCUACCACACCCACCAUGCCCAUCACCCUUACUACACCUGGAGGACAACCAGGGGUACAGACAGGUGGUGCCAAGCCUCAAGGAAAUCAGCCACUGUCUUCUCCACAGAAAGGGAAACAACUGAGGAUUCCUAAACCAACAGCAAAAUUUCAGAAGUAUCAGCAACAACUUCAACAGAGACAUGGACAUUCUUCCCAGUCUUCCCCGCUCAGUCAGGCACCUGAUGGACUGGCCACCCCUUCUGAGAGGUCCCCUUUAGAUGGAGGAACUUUCUCACCAGGGCUUGGAGGAGGGCCUUCUGGGGGACUAGGACAAAGUGGUGGAUCAUUUUCAAGUGUAACUCAGUUGCAGAGUUCUAAAGGAGAACCAAUGGAUGUUGACUUGAGUACUAUUUUGGCCUCCGACUCCCAAGGUGACAUGGUCACUCCUCAGGUGUCUCCUCGGAAAACAGAUCGAGUACCUCAAAGCCCAGUGAGACAACAGAGUGGUACAUCAACACCAGCUGUAGCUAGCUCCCAGGGUUCUAAUGAAUCUCCAUUAGUUUCAUUGCUAUCUCAGCCAUCCUCAAAGGACAGUAAACAGAUAAGAAGGGCCAGCAAUCCUGAUCAGGAGAUGCCCCCAACUAAGGAGCUUGAGAGUCUUACAUCUCAAAGUAGUCAGCUCUCUGACCCACUACCAACUCCACACUCAACAGCUUCCCAAAGUACUGGUCAAGCCUCAGACUCCCAAAAAUCUGAUGGAAAGCAUUUUUUAGGGGUUACUCCCUCCAUGGAGCCCGCAAAGCUGGACUCCAUGAGGGAGAGACCAGGAAACACACCUCAAGCGAAUGGAUUCAUCAGUGUUGGUGGAACCUUCAACAGGGACACCAGUAGAAAACUCUUUAUCUGUGAUUGGAAGUGAAAGGGGCACUACAGGAGGCACUCAGGCGGUUCUAAGCGUAUCCACACCAGUACCAGCCAUCUCAGUCAAUCCUAAGACUGCUCCUCUGACUGCAACUCUGCCCUCCCCUUUGGCAAUUACACCCCCACCCACUACCCCUCCUGCAGACAGGAAGGAAAUAAUAGCCCAAAAGUUUGAACCAGCUGUGAAGAAUUCCGAGAAAAACAGCGGUACAGAACUUGCGAGCGACAUUCUCGAAAAUGACGCUAGUACUGCCCGAGCCUCUACUGAACGAUCAGCGGUCAUCCCUGAAAUAAAAGUUGAGACUAUUGAGACCCCAGUCUCUUCUCCGCGAGUCCAGAAACGUGCAUCCAAACCUGGGAGGCCUGGUCGACCACCAAGAGCAGCAAGAAGGAAUCAAAGACAUCGCAGCAAAUCUGCAACCUCAACGGACAACGAAGGUGACGUUGAAGAGGAACAUGAAGAGGAAUCCAAAAUGGAGACAUUAGAUGUGGAAUCUGAGAAGGCCAGCGAAAAGACAGAGGACGAAGAAGAAAACGAGUCAAUUGCAGAGGAAAAGAAGGAGGACAGCGAUGAAGAGAUGGAGCGGGAGAGUGGAGACGAGGCAGUGUCCGACCCAGGGGACCGGAGUCAGUCUGAGAAGGAUGAACCCUGCUCCUCCAUGAAAGAAUUCUUGUUGGACAAGGCGGGGUCUGAAUCCGUACCCGGUAGCCCCGCUUCUCAAGUGUCCCAGGGAAGCAGUGACGAACAAGAAGCCAUUCAGGCACAGAAAACAUGGAAAAAGUCAAUAAUGCUGGUCUGGAGAGCUGCAGCCAAUCAUAAAUAUGCAAACGUGUUUCUGCACCCAGUUACAGACGACGAGGCACCAGGAUACCAUAGCAUUGUUUUCAGACCUAUGGAUUUAUCAACGAUAAAAAAGAACAUUGAAAAUGGGACCAUUCGUACAACGAGCGAAUUCCAGAGAGACAUGAUGUUAAUGUUUCAAAAUGCUCUCAUGUACAACAGCGCUGACCAUGAUGUGUAUCGCAUGGCGGAAGAGAUGGGUGAUGAUGUCAUGGAACAAAUCCAGUCGUAUAUUGCUACUCAGAUUAUGGUCGAUUCAAAGAUGUUACGGGGCCACAGACAAGAUGUGUUUCACAUCUUCUUAUGAGCUUCAUCGUUUACCUUGCUCGAAGGUGAGCUUUAGAUCACAACAUUUUUUUCUUUCUUUUUAAGGGGACAGUAUGAGAAUUUAAAAAGCUGCUGAACUCUUUAACAUCCUCCCCCUUCCCCCAAGCUAAGACAAAACUUGCUUUUUGGAAAUCAUUCCAAACUACCUAGAGUCAAGAAAAAAAAUCGGGUCGCGAAAUUAGAAAAUCGUAAUCUAAUUUCCCUUUUGAGAGGAACAGCAACCUUUUUGGCACAGCAAUCGAACUAAACAGUCGAAAAAAUUCUUCGGGCCUAUCAGUCAUAAGUUCCUAAACACUUAUUUGCGAGCUUCGUAAUUCUUAAUUUCGUUGAAAAGGCUAGUUAUUAAUUUAAAUAAUUCAUAAUCGUCACCUCUUACGUAUAGUUCGACUGCAGGCACAUGACAAGCGAUGAUGUUAUUGAGAGAAU